AUGUUACCACGGUCGUCAAAUGAGCAAUAUUGUAAAACUCUGACAUCAAAUAAUUUGGGACCAUCACAAAUAUUACCAUUUCUUUUCAAUAAUCAUAUAACACAUGUUAUCAAUGUAAGUAAAACAGGAGAUAGAACCUCAUUCUUAAAUAAAAAUGAUGAUGAACAUUUUUUACGAAUACCAAUUGAUGAUAGUUUAAAAGCACAAUUAUUACCAUACUUUGAUCAAGCUUACGCAUUUAUUGAAAAAGCUCGAAGUAAUAAUGGAUGUGUGCUUAUUCAUUGUUUAGCGGGUAUUAGUCGUUCACCAACUCUUGCCAUUGCAUAUAUUAUUCGUUACUUACAUUUAUCUGCCGAUGACGCGUAUAAAUAUGUAAAACAACGUCGAUCACAAAUUUCACCAAAUUUUAAUUUUCUAGGUCAAUUACAUGAAUAUGAACAAAAUCUUAUAUCAACAUCAACUAUUACGCCAAUAGUUAAAUGUACUUCAAUUAAAUCUCCCGUAAAUAAUCGUCGUCAUUGUAUCCAGGUAGAAAGUUGUAGUCAAACAGCGACUUCUCUUAAUUAUCAUACGAAUACAUUAAAACGUCCAAUGUAUUUUAAUAUUGAUUCGAUUAAUACUAGAAGACCACAGACGUUAUUAGAUCCAUCAUCGAUGGUAACACAGUUACCAGAUGAAUCAUCUCAUCGUCCAAGUUUAGUAAAGCCAAUAUCAUUAUAUUUGAAUAAUCUACCGGUAACACAUUCUGGAGUAACAGAUGAGUGUUCGACAGUACAAUUAAUAAAUAGUAGCUAUGAUGAAUCAAAGAAUCGUAAACGAAAUGAAAAAAUAUCAAAAAAUACAGAUAGAUCUUCUUCAUUUAUUGAACAAUCAGAUUUAAUCAAUUCAUAUUUCGAAGAAUCAAGAUUAUUAUCAAAAUCAUUAGAACAAUGUAAAUCGACACAAUCAUUUGAUUCAGAUACUGAAACUUUGAAAAAUAAUUUAACAAGUUCCAGUCUUGAAGUCCUUGUUCUAUAA